AAAGGAAACGAGAGAACAGAACAAAACAAAAACACUCGGAAGCACCAUCUGCUUGAGCUUGGCAGAGUGGGCGAAAAUUGCAGGAAAACACAGGCGAAUCAAGCAGAAACACAGAAACCGAAAACCUAGAAGUACCUCUACCUUCUCAUCGCAAUGGCGGUGGAUAUGAAGAUCGAUUCUAUGCUAUUUCAGAGCCUCAAACUUGACGAUCCCAUUUGGCUACCUCCGAAAACUUGGGAAUCUAUCCCCUCCGAGAGCGGACGAGCACACGCCAGUGCUUCUACUUCUAACUCUUCUUCUUCUGGCCAACAAUGUCUCUACGAUCCUUCUACAGUCUCCGAGGCAAGUUUGGUGAGGCUGGUGAUGAAUGCAAUGUAUGGUGUACAAUCGGCUCUUGUCAGUAUUGAAAAGCUUUCUGCAGCAUUUUGUUCAGAUCCUGCAGACAGAACAGUCCAUCGAAUUUCAAGCUUGUGGAACCGAUCUUUGAGCACUCAUGCUUUGGGAAAGUUACUGAAAUCCAUGGGCUGCUCAGGAUGUGUAGUUUUUCUUCUCCGUGAAUUUGUGGAUUAUUUUAAAAAUGUGAUGCAUGGCAAUGCCAGUGAGAAUCGAGUGAAUUACAAAGCAGCUCGAAAUCAAAAUCAUUGUGACAGUAAAGUGGGGGAGGCAAAGUGCCCUUCGUACAGUCUUGUUAGUCAGGCAUUUGCUGUCGCUGUGGGAAAGGUUCUAGAAGGUUACAUCUGUGCAUUGGAUACACUGUAUACAUCAGUUGGUGUGCGGUAUUCGUCGAAGAAUGUUGAUGCACCUUCUUGUUCUUCUUCUGGACUAGGCUCCCUCACAAGUAUAGUGCAUUCUGAAGUUACACUAUUGGAGGUCUACUUGCACACAAAGGAAUUGAGAACCCAAAUUCAGGCUAUUGGAAACAUUUGCAACAUAUAUCAUCUAGCUUUUUGCUUUCCUGAAUCUUCUGUUGAAGAUUUAAUUGGUAAAGCAAACAUAGAGUUUCAUAACUUCCCUAGAGCUGGAGAUCUGCUUACUUAUUUGUACACUCAGCUACAGGUUGCUGAUCCAGCACACCGUGCUCUAUUGAAGUUUCUAUUUCUCCGCUCUUGUGAACCAUAUUGUGGAUUUAUUAGAUCCUGGAUUUACAAAGCUGAGAUUAAUGAUCCCCAUAAAGAGUUCAUAGUAGAAUACGCCAACAAUCUGCCUCAUUAUUCUUAUGGUAAAGCUGGCAUCUCUUUUGACUUCCCAGUGGCAACUGUUAGGGAACAAUGUGGUGUUGCUCUUCCCUGUUUUUUAAAGGAAUUAUUGGUUCCCCUUUUAAGAGCUGGUCAGCAGCUUCAAGUGCUGAUGAAGUUGCUUGAAUUGUGUAAUUAUGUUGCCUCUGGAGAUAAUACUUAUGAGAAUAUCCUUCCCUGCUGGAGCAGUUUUUCAAGCAAUCAUCCUUCUUCUGCAUCUCCACUGACUUUCAUCAAGGAAAACAUAGAAGACACGGUACUUGCAAGGAACAAUUACUUCAAAAGGAUGUGGCAAAAACUUGAAAAUAGUUUGGCGAAAUUAGAAUUCAGAUAUCAACAGGUAGUUCCACCUGGCCCCACAAGACCUGUCGUUGGUGAUAAUAAUAGGACUCUAAGCAUCCCAGUUUCGUUUACAAUGAGUGACAGUUUGAUUUUUCCUCCAGCACACGACGCAGACUCAAAUGUGGCUGUUGAUGAUGUGGAUUCUGAGGCCUCUUACACAACAGAUGAGUUCUCUUUUGUGGUAGAUCCAUCAGAAUCAUCUGAGUGCUCAUCUCCAAUCAGCUGUGAAGGGCUAAAUGAGCCUGGCCAUCCUACUAAGCUGGCUCAUGGUUUGGUUGGGCCUGAAGAAAAAUACUUCUCUGCCUUACACUUCUCUCCAAGUAGUACUAUUGACAAGUCAUUGCAAAAGCCUUCUCAAAGUGAAAAAUCACAUCCUGUGGAUGGUAACUUGAGGGAAUUUUGUGAAGGAAGAGAUCCUGUUGUCCAUUUUGUCAACUGUCAUUAUAAGGGAACAAUUUUAAGUCACGUUUCCAUGCCUCUUGAAUCAGCGAAGCCAAAUUGGUCACGAAUGGCCAAAGCUCAGUAUGCAGAUUGUCAACCUAUUAUGAGUUGGCCACUUGGCAGCAUCCUGAAAAAUCCUUUUCAUGUUGAUAAAGGAUUUGGAGGUAAUACAAUGUUACGUCCAUCUGAAUGUUCCCUGAAUGAAAGCAAUAGAGAUAUGGGAGUGUUGAAGGAAAGUGAAUCAUUUUUCAGCAAAAUAACUGCUGAUGACGAUUCCCCAAAAUUAGUAAAAACCUACAGGGAUGAAACUGAAAAUGGAACUCUUGAUUCAUUUAUUUUGCAGUUGCAGAAGCUUAAAUUCCAUUGCAAUUUUCUUAGCAUGAACCCAAUGCUGAUGAAAAAUGCAUUCUUUCACUUACCAAGCGUGCCUGCAGAGAUAUGCUACACAGGCCAUAGAGAAAUUUUUUCUUGUUUUGACUUUUCGUCUGUGCAAAACCCUUGCAAAGCUUAUCAGGAAAGAUUGGCUGCUAAUCGUAGGCAUUUUUUUGGAGAAGACCUUCCUUUUUCUGCAGUUGCUAAUGUUUGUGCUACUGGUAACGUGAAUGAUUACCCUGAUAAAAAAGGCUCUGGUGGUGAUGUUCCCUCUGCUGAUUCGGAUAACCAGAACUCAGCAGAAGUUAUUUUGCCACAUGUUUCUGAGGGGACUAGUUGGGAGAGUUCACCUGCAAGUUCCCAUAGCACUGUCAAUCAUUCUGUUGGAGAGCACAGACAGAAUUUGGUUGCUAUGUUUGACAUACCAGUUGAUUUUAUUAUUGAAAAAUGCCUACUGCAGGAAAUUUUGCUUCAAUAUAAGUGUGUUAGUAAGUUAACUAUUAAGUUGCUUGAGGAAGGCUUUGAUUUACAAGAGCAUCUGCUGGCAUUGCGGCGGUACCACUUUAUGGAAUUAGCAGACUGGGCAGAUUUGUUUAUCAUGUCUCUUUGGCAUCAUAAAUGGCAGGUCAUUAAUGCAGAUGAAAAACUAUCAAAAAUUCAAGGAUUCCUUGAAUUUUCAGUUCAGAGAUCUUCUUGUGGAAGUGACUGCAAUAAGGAGCGGUUGUACAUAUACAAGAAAGGACAAAGCAUGAUGCCUCUUUCUAUUUCCGCAAUUGGAAUCCAUUCCUUCGAUUUUAUUGGAUUGGGAUACAGAGUUGAUUGGCCUAUCAGUAUUGUUUUGACCCCUGAUGCACUGAAAAUAUAUGCUGGCAUAUUCAGUUUUCUGAUACAAGUGAAGCUUGCUUUGUUUUCCCUAACUGAUGUAUGGUGCUCGCUGAAGGAAUUGAUGCAUUUAAUAAGUCAGCAUCGUCAUUCUGACUUAAGUGAAAAGCUUCCCCAUUUUAAUAUCUUAAUGAAGAUGAGGCACCAGCUCAAUCAUUUUGUAUCUACAUUACAGCAGUAUGUGCAUUCACAGUUAUCACAUGUAUCCUGGUGCAGUUUUCUUUACUCUCUCAAACAUAAGGUUAAAGACAUGAUGGAUCUUGAGUCGGUGCAUACGACAUAUCUAACUGAAGCGCUCGACAUUUGUUUCCUCUCUGAUGAAAUGCAAUCGAUAGCCCGAAUUAUUGAAAGCAUUUUGCAAUGUGCUCUAGAUUUCCGGGCUUGCCUUAUUGGAGCUUUUUGGAAGGAUGCAAUGAAUCAAGGAGAUUUAUUGGGUAAUCUUUCUCAGAUCAACAUUGCCCAGGUGCUUGCUGUACGGGAAACAUUCAAUAAAAAUCUCAGAGAGCUGCAUCUAUGUUAUCUCAAGUCACCUAAACAUGGGGAGUUUGGUCUCUCCCGUUUCUGGGGAUAUCUUAAUUAUAAUGAGUUUUACUCAGGUGGCAUUGGUAAUGGAAUGGACCACCAUGCUUUUUCAUUCUAAAACUUCUUGCCGUGCUAAUUUAGAAGAGUGGCUGAUACGAUCCUUGAACCCUACCAUCAGAGUUGAGAUUUCGGAGGGCACACCCAAAAAGUAACAGAAGAUUUCAUCAACUUAUGUGAGCAACCUCUCCUAAGGCUUCAGCAGCCCCAUUGUAUUCAAGACACCAUGUCGCUGAUUGAGUACUAAGUAAUCAAGCUUCAGGUCUAUGUUGCAGGAGAUUUUGUCAUUCUUGUGCACAUUAGGACAUGCAAUUUAAGGGCUGUGGACCUGUGGUGCUAGUUUUGAUAUCCCUGGCUUACCCUGAAAUCUGUACCAGAAAUAUUAUGGGCAUUCUGUUGAAGAAUGGAGGUGGAAAGGUCAGUUGUGCUUUAGGAUACCAUUGAGUUGGCAACGUAUGGUUCAACAGACGGUUGAGAGCCACUCGAGUUGUAGUGUAUAGCCUAUUCUUUUGUGUUUCUCCGUUUAAAGUUUGGUUUAGCAGUUCCUUAGUUUUCUGUGUUCUUCUUGGGUAGGAGCUAGUGGCUGCCUUGUAAUAUUUAGCCAAGUAAUGGUCAUUUAUCUUAUUCGUCUACGAGUGGAUAGUUAACAGAAAUAAUUUUUUGACAGAUUGUGUUAUUUAGCUUGGGCUUAAAAAUGAAUUAACGUCGUCUCAUUUGAGAGUAUGAACUUAAA